UUGGUGUUUCUCUUCAAAGAUUAUUCUGUAAUCGAAACUUUAUUACUGGUUACCAAGAGAGUGGUUCGGCGAGGCGCAACGCUUUUGUUGAAGUUUUGUGGUGUCAGUGUACCACAAAUAUGGUGCAACGUUCUCCUCGGCGCCAGGCAUCUUUCAAUGAUACGAGUAGCUACAGUACAUCGAACAGACUUACUCUGCGCUCUAACUCUGAGCUUCGCAUACGUGCCCUAAGACACCAAAAUGACUUUCGAGAUCAUACACAUAUCUAGUGAAGAACUUGUGCGCUCUUAUGUCGGGAAGUACAAGGAUUUUAGGCUUCUAUCACUGCAAGUCGCACCGGAAGCUUUUGCUUCCAACUACUCAAGAGAAGCCGCAUUUUCUUAUGAAGUAUGGCACGAACGUCUUGCAAAUCCACACGCAGCAACUUUUUUUGCGCUUCAAGACUAUGAGAUCGUCGGUACUAUUUCAAUCCUCGGUCCAUUACUUUAUGGCCCGGAAGAAAUGACGGCUCUUGGAAAUCCAUGGCAAGCGAUUGGUGAUGGGACACCCAACAGACAAACAACAGGCCAUUAUCGAAUUAAUGGUUUGUUUACUCUACCAGAGAUUCGUGGACGAGGAGUUGGGAAGACGCUUAUUGAAACGGCCUUACGAUAUGCAGGAGGUGAAGUAGCCUUACAGAGCAGGGCGUUUGUAUGUAGUAUUGUGGUCGAGUCUGAUAAUGCUGAAGCUCGGAGAUUAUAUGAAAAGUGUGGUUUUGUGGUCAUAAAAGAGGUGCCCUAUGGAGAUGCGUCGGUCAUUCUAAUGAAAACACCAGGCUAGAAGGCUACAACCUGGACAUUCGGCUUUCAUUCUUAUCUCUUAAAUACAGACGUUUUCCAGUAGCUGACAGAUGUUGAAUAUAAUAAUGGAUCAUUACCCUGUCCUGUGUGCAGGACUCUUGGGUGUGCGAUGAGGUGGAAGUCUGGAGACUCCGACACUGGCAGUACCUAAGCUGUAGAUUAUAAAAGCC